UCUUCAAAGUACAAUUUUCGUCUCCCAUUUUCUUUCGCCUGCAACACUCCUUCUGCAAUAGAGAAUCAGAGAGAACAUGGAGAAGAUGAGAAUAGAAGAGGUUCAGUCAACUACCAAGAAGCAACGCGUUGCUACUCAUACACACAUCAAAGGCUUAGGCCUUGAGGCUAGUGGAAGAGCAUUGCCUUUUGCUUCUGGUUUUGUGGGACAAGCAGAGGCAAGAGAAGCAUGUGGCCUUGUGGUUGACAUGAUAAGGCAGAAGAAGAUGGCUGGCAGGGCACUCCUCCUUGCCGGUCCACCCGGUACCGGCAAGACUGCAUUGGCACUUGGGAUAAGUCAAGAGCUUGGAACCAAGGUUCCAUUUUGCCCUAUGGUUGGCUCAGAAGUAUACUCGUCCGAGGUAAAGAAGACAGAGGUUCUGAUGGAGAAUUUUCGACGGGCUAUUGGUCUGCGUAUCAAGGAAAACAAGGAAGUUUAUGAAGGAGAGGUAACCGAGCUCUCCCCUGAAGAAACUGAGAGUGUAACAGGCGGUUAUGGUAAAAGUAUAAGCCAUGUAAUAAUUGGAUUGAAAACUGUGAAAGGAACCAAGCAACUGAAGUUGGACCCCACCAUAUAUGAUGCCUUGAUUAAGGAAAAGGUAGCUGUUGGAGAUGUUAUAUACAUCGAAGCAAAUAGUGGAGCUGUGAAAAGGGUGGGCCGAAGUGAUGCUUUCGCUACAGAGUUUGACCUUGAAGCAGAAGAGUAUGUCCCACUUCCUAAGGGAGAGGUUCACAAGAAAAAAGAGAUUGUUCAGGAUGUAACGCUACAUGAUCUGGAUGCUGCCAAUGCACGACCUCAAGGUGGGCAAGAUAUUCUGUCUCUUAUGGGCCAGAUGAUGAAACCUAGGAAAACAGAAAUCACUGACAAGCUGAGACAAGAAAUUAACAAGGUUGUCAACCGAUAUAUUGAUGAAGGUGUAGCAGAGCUUGUCCCUGGAGUUCUAUUUAUUGAUGAGGUGCACAUGCUAGAUAUGGAAUGCUUUUCCUAUUUGAAUCGUGCUUUAGAGAGCUCGCUCUCUCCAAUAGUAAUUUUUGCUACAAACAGAGGGAUAUGCAAUGUGAGAGGGACCGACAUGACCAGCCCUCAUGGCAUACCUGUUGACCUAUUGGAUAGGUUGGUAAUCAUUCGAACACAAACGUAUGGUCCUGCUGAAAUGAUACAGAUUCUAGCUAUUCGUGCUCAAGUAGAGGAGCUGGUUGUUGAUGAGGAAAGUUUAGCAUUCCUCGGGGAAAUUGGACAACGGACAUCUUUAAGGCAUGCUGUUCAACUUCUAUCACCUGCCAGCGUUGUAUCAAAAAUGAAUGGCCGAGACAGCAUUUGCAAGGGGGAUCUUGAUGAAGUUUGUUCGCUAUACUUGGACGCUAAGUCAUCAGCCAGGCUACUUCAAGAGCAGCAGGAAAAAUACAUCUCAUAAUUUUAAUUUUAAAAUGUUGGAAUGGCUGUUGCUUGGGUUUGAGUUAGUGAAACCGGUUCAUUCGACAUGGCCAACAUAAUUUGGUUUAGAGAUUACUUCUGUGUAUCUUGUUGUGAGAUAUAAUGGUAGCAGGCACCUGAGCUCAAGAACCUGAAAUGUUGGAGCAGUAAUGUGCUGCUGAAUUGAUGAAACUGUGUGAUUAUUUUUCAUCACAUUCUGAAGAAAAUGGAAAUGUGAAGCGGCAGCAUGUUCCCUCAACUUCCCUCAUUUUCUUAUUUAGUUGUUUAUAAUAGUCUUCCCCUUAUGCCUUUCACAAAUUCUUCAUGAUUUAUGGAAUAUUUUAGUAUGUGGUAACAUUGAUCAAAAUACCCCUUUUCUCUCUCAAGUGUGUUUCUGUUUGACUAUGCGCUUCUCUACUGUGCACAUGAAUUGAUGAUUUUUGUUCAAAGAAUU